CCACUCCUCUAAUCAUCCCCCAAAUGGCUGCAGGACAUAGCAUGGUAAACGUAGAGGACCGCCGACGACGCAAGACCAUCGAAAUCCUCGCCGCCACCGCCAAUCGCGCGCUGGCAGAAGUCAGCUACACCCCACAAAUGGCGCAGAAGAUAACGCAGCUCCAAGAAGAAAACAUAAAGCUCUGGCAGGAUAACGCUAUGUUGACGCAAAAGGCCGCGAUAUUACAACACCAGAACCAGGCAUCUGCGGCAUCCCCCUCCCGGGAAGAGGUGCUUCAGCAGCAGGUCGAACAGCUUAUGAACAAGCUCAGCACGAUGGCCAUUGAAAGAGAUACGCUGAAGCACACCAGGGAUCAGCUACUGGCAGCCCCGACGCCGGAUACUAGGUACCAGCAUCUCUACAUGGAGUAUCAGAAACUGGAUACAAAUUACAAGAAGUUGUUGAUGGACUUCAACUCCCUCAAGAUGAAUAUGCGCCAGCCCGCUCCCGGGAUGGUUCCGGUCAAUCGUGGCAUGGUAAACACAGCGCCGACUCAGAUACCACAGGGGCGAAUGCCACAAGGACAGGGGAUGAUGAUGCAGCAUUCUCAAAGACACCCUUCCAUGAAUAACAUGGGCGGUAUGGUUGACCCUCGACAGCAUCCUCCUGGACAGGUUGCAAAUUCACACAAUAUCAAUGUGGCUAGGGGAACACCAUAUGCUAUGCCCAAUCAGUAUCCGCAGGCCCAACAUGGUCAUAUAGUAAUACCUCAGGCUGCCCAACAGCAGACACAGGGACACAUCAUGUUGAAUCAAGCCCAGUAUCCUAUGCCCGCUCGCCAGUCCCCAGUGCAGUCCCCGAGCAGUCACAUGCAGCACCAUCAUAGUGUUCAGAAUUCUGCUCAAAUUCCAAUGCCACACUCUCCGGCACGGGCGACCGGUGCCUCUUACGCUCCUCCCGCCGCCAGCCCUCCUGCCGUUCGAGCUGCUACUGCCGGACCCUCCAACCCGUCUAUAAUUGACCUAACAGCUGACGAGGAUCCAUCAAACACAAUAGCCCAAAAUGCUCUCAAGCGUGCCAGCACAGCUCCCAAUGUGGACAGAGAACACAAGAGGUCCCGCAGCGCUGAUCAGCACAUCGCAAAGAAGUCUGGGGAUUUGGGUGUUGUGGCGGAGAUGGUGGGACCUAUGCAAGAGAUGCUUGGUGACGGCAAUGCCAACCCUGCGCAGAGUGGGGAAGGGAACAGCGGGCAAAUGUCCGUUGACGAUCUGUAUGGUGACCUCUCCGGCAAUGGUGCUGCAGCUUCGGUAGGGCGGGCACGCAGUGCCCUUGACGUUCUCGUAGGUGUUAGUGCCGACAAUGAGUGCCGGACAGACGCAGAGUGUGUUGACCUAAUGUGGGAUGAAGAUGGGGAAGUUGCUGGAGGCAUGGUUUGCAUCGCAUGCUAUAAUCGAUAUGAGAAUGGUCUCCAACCAGAACCCAAGGUUUUCACAGAGUUCACAUUUGAAACAUUGAGGGCGCACUGCAAGGAAAACCAUCCUACUAUGUGGGACGACUUGCAAUGGAAGCGCGACCUGGGGGCUCCUACCGGCAACUCUACGCCCUAAGGUCUAAUAGCAAUGAGGUUUCCGUAUGUUUAAACAUCUAACUUUUACGGAUUAAGAAGCACUUAAUAUUACACGUACCUAUCUAUGUAGCAUAAGC